CUAUGAUCAUGAAGGGCGUCUGACCAAUGUAACACGUCCCACUGGAGUGGUAACUAGCCUUCAUCGAGAAAUGGAAAAGUCUAUUACCAUCGACAUUGAGAAUUCUAAUCGGGAUGACGAUGUCACGGUCAUCACAAAUCUCUCCUCUGUGGAGGCUUCCUAUACAGUUGUUCAAGAUCAAGUGAGGAACAGCUACCAGCUCUGUAAUAAUGGUACUUUGAGAGUGAUGUAUGCCAAUGGCAUGAGCAUUAGCUUUCACAGCGAACCUCAUGUCCUGGCUGGGACUGUGACUCCCACCAUAGGACGAUGUAAUAUUUCUCUACCAAUGGAAAAUGGUUUAAACUCAAUUGAAUGGCGUCUGAGGAAGGAACAGAUUAAAGGCAAAGUGACUGUGUUUGGAAGAAAGCUCAGGGUGCACGGAAGGAAUUUACUGUCCAUUGAUUACGACCGGAACAUACGCACAGAAAAAAUCUAUGACGAUCACCGGAAAUUUACGCUGAGGAUAAUUUACGACCAGCUAGGACGGCCUUUCCUUUGGCUACCUAGCAGUGGCCUGGCUGCUGUCAACGUGUCUUAUUUCUUCAACGGGCGCUUGGCUGGGCUGCAGCGCGGUGCCAUGAGUGAAAGAACAGAUAUCGAUAAGCAAGGCAGGAUCAUUUCGCGCAUGUUUGCGGAUGGGAAAGUUUGGAGCUACACCUAUCUAGAAAAAUCAAUGGUACUACUGCUCCAAAGUCAACGACAGUACAUCUUCGAGUAUGAUUCUUCAGACCGACUUCAUGCUGUUACCAUGCCUAGCGUUGCUCGGCACAGCAUGGCAACUCACACCUCUGUUGGCUACAUUAGAAAUAUUUAUAAUCCCCCUGAAAGCAAUGCAUCCGUGAUUUUUGAUUACACUGAUGAUGGGCGGAUUUUGAAAACAUCAUUUUUAGGUACUGGCCGACAAGUCUUCUACAAGUAUGGAAAGCUAUCCAAAUUAUCUGAAAUUGUUUAUGACAGCACUGCAGUUACUUUUGGAUAUGAUGAAACUACAGGUGUCCUAAAAAUGGUGAAUUUGCAAAGUGGAGGAUUUUCUUGUACAAUCCGCUAUCGUAAAAUUGGUCCUCUCGUUGACAAACAAAUCUACAGAUUCUCUGAAGAAGGUAUGGUCAAUGCAAGGUUUGAUUAUACAUAUCAUGAUAAUAGCUUUCGAAUAGCAAGCAUCAAACCCAUAAUAAGUGAGACACCUCUUCCCGUUGAUCUUUACCGUUACGAUGAGAUUUCUGGCAAAGUAGAGCAUUUUGGCAAAUUUGGAGUUAUUUAUUAUGACAUAAAUCAAAUUAUUACUACAGCAGUUAUGACAUUGAGUAAGCACUUUGAUACCCAUGGACGCAUUAAAGAAGUUCAGUAUGAAAUGUUUAGAUCCCUGAUGUACUGGAUGACUGUACAGUAUGACAGCAUGGGAAGGGUAACUAAAAGAGAACUGAAACUUGGUCCAUAUGCCAACACAACCAAGUAUACCUAUGAUUACGAUGGAGAUGGGCAACUGCAAAGCGUAGCAGUAAACGACAGGCCAACCUGGCGUUACAGUUACGAUCUGAAUGGAAACCUUCAUCUCUUGAAUCCUGGAAACAGUGUCCGACUGAUGCCUCUGCGCUAUGACCUAAGAGACAGGAUUACGCGCUUAGGUGACGUACCGUACAAAAUUGAUGACGAUGGAUUCCUUUGUCAGCGAGGCUCAGAUGUGUUUGAGUACAACUCCAAAGGACUCUUAACAAGAGCUUACAAUAAAGCAAAUGGGUGGAGUAUUCAGUACCGUUAUGAUGGACUCGGCCGAAGGGCUUCCUGUAAGACUAACCUGGGGCAUCAUCUACAGUACUUUUAUGCUGAUCUUCACAAUCCAACAAGGGUAACUCAUGUCUACAAUCAUUCCAAUUCAGAAAUUACCUCUUUGUACUACGAUCUACAAGGCCAUCUCUUUGCAAUGGAGAGUAGCAGCGCGGAGGAGUAUUACGUUGCCUCUGAUAACACGGGCACUCCAUUAGCAGUGUUCAGCAUCAAUGGCCUCAUGAUCAAACAGCUUCAGUACACAGCAUACGGGGAGAUUUAUUACGACUCUAACCCUGAUUUCCAGCUGGUUAUUGGGUUCCAUGGAGGGCUGUAUGACCCUUUAACCAAACUCGUCCAUUUUACCCAAAGGGACUAUGAUGUCCUGGCUGGACGCUGGACAUCUCCUGAUUACACCAUGUGGAAAAACAUUGGUAAAGAACCCGCUCCUUUCAACCUGUACAUGUUCAAGAGUAAUAACCCUCUCAGCAAUGAACUGGAUCUAAAGAAUUAUGUAACAGAUGUCAAAAGCUGGUUGGUGAUGUUUGGAUUUCAGCUUAGCAACAUUAUUCCUGGUUUCCCCAGAGCAAAAAUGUACUUUGUGUCGCCGCCAUACGAGUUGUCUGAGAGUCAAGCAUGUGAAAAUGGACAGCUAAUUACAGGAGUUCAGCAGACAACAGAAAGACACAACCAAGCUUUCAUGGCUCUUGAAGGACGGGUCAUAUCUAAAAGAUUACAUGCCAAUAUUAGAGAAAAAGCAGGUCACUGGUUCGCAACAACCACUCCUAUCAUUGGGAAAGGAAUCAUGUUUGCUGUGAAGGAAGGCCGUGUAACCACUGGCAUUUCCAGCAUAGCCACAGAUGAUAGCAGAAAGAUUGCCUCUGUCCUUAACAGUGCUCACUACCUGGAAAAAAUGCACUACAGCAUCGAGGGGAAGGAUACCCAUUACUUUGUCAAGAUAGGCUCGGCUGACAGCGACCUCGUCACCCUCGCAAUGACCAGCGGGCGGAAGGUCCUGGAGAGCGGAGUCAACGUCACCGUCUCUCAGCCCACUCUGCUCGUCAAUGGGAGGACUCGAAGGUUUACGAAUAUUGAGUUUCAGUAUUCCACCCUGCUGAUCAACAUCCGCUACGGACUGACCCCCGACACGCUGGACGAGGAAAAGGCGAGAGUCUUAGACCAGGCUCGGCAGCGAGCCCUGGGCUCAGCCUGGGCCAAAGAGCAGCAGAAGGCACGGGAUGGCCGAGAGGGCAGCCGCGUGUGGACAGACGGAGAGAAGCAGCAGCUUCUGAACACGGGAAGGGUUCAAGGUUACGAGGGAUAUUAUGUCCUGCCCGUGGAGCAGUACCCAGAGCUAGCAGACAGUAGCAGCAACAUCCAGUUUUUAAGACAGAAUGAAAUGGGAAAGAGGUAACAAAUUAACCUGCUGUCAUCCUUUGCUGGAUGAAUCAGUAGUCAUAACUGUUAUCUCCUCUCCUAAGGAGAUGAAGACCUAAAUGGGGGCACUAGGCUGAGCUACUUUGGGAUAGUAAGUGGCAAAAAAGCUCGUAUUUUUUGAGUUAAAUGCUACUGUUCAAGUGAUUAAAAACCACAUCCUGAAGUGGACUAAAGCCAGACUGAAAACUCUAACCAUACAAAUUAAAAAGUACCCCUGAAAUAUUACCCACUUGUUCUGGGUCUAAAGAAAAACAAACAGAAGGCCUCGUAUUGUAUUACCUCACUCCAUUCACACGUGAGUAAACUAAGAAAUCCAAGUGGGCCACUUUUCACUAACCAGCUGAUGAAACACAGAUGAUUCAGACUGCUUGUUUGAUAAAUAUCCAAGAGGUUUUCAUUUAAAGCAAAAUACAGGUGCAUUUAAAACAUGACUUUGGGGUGAUUUGUGUGUAGCAACUGGAGGACAAUGAGAAUGCAAGUGAGAGUGCACUGGAAAUAGUAAAGAAAAAUAUAUUUAAAAGUAACAAAACCACACUUGCACUCUGACCCUCCACUUGUCUGGCCUGAAGCUUAACUUAUUCAAAGAGGGCAGAGUGUAAGGUUACAUUCAAAAUGGUGGCUAUAAAUCACUACAAAUAAAUUUCAUACUCUGUUUGUCUUUGAAGAUUUCCAUUGUGGACAGUAUAACACAGUUACAGGGUGUAGUCUGUUUAGAUUCAGUAGUUUGUUGGUAUCAGUUCCAGUAGAGCUGUGGGCAUUGUGUUACACUAUUGCAAAUGGGCACCACGUCAGAUCACCCUGUACAUACAUCAGCCAGAAGGCACAAUCACUGUUUCAGAUUUAAAAAUUAUUAGUGUGUUUGUUUGGUCGAGAAACUGAGACAAUCACAUUACAGUCACCACAAAAAAAAAAAAAAAAAAAAAAAGUCUAAUAAGAACUUUGGUACAAGAACUUUUUUGUAAUAUACAUGUAUGAAUUGUUCAUUGAGUUUUUAUAUUAAUUUUAAUUUGCUGCUAAGCAAAGACUAGAGACAGGCAAAGAUAAUUUAUGGCAAAGUGUUUAAAUUGUUUAUACAUAAAUAAAGUCUCUAAAACUCCUGUGAA